UCGCCUGCGCAGGGCCCCGCCGACGGCCAGUUCUGCGGCCAGCCCGCUGAGAGGGGCCCCUGCCGCGCCGCGAUUCCGUCCUGGUACUACGAUGCCGCCGCCGCCACCUGCAGGCCUUUCCUCUACGGCGGCUGCCAGGGCAACGCCAACCGGUUCGCCGGGUUCUCAGAGUGCGAGGCGGCCGCCGCCCGCUUCUGCCAGGGAUGA